AUGAAGAGCCGAAAACUGAAGUCCGUUAAAGCUGGCGGCAGCAAAAAGAAAGGUAAACUGUUGUUAGCCUAGCUAGCUGUUAGCAUCACAGCUGCACGGUGGCUGUUUGUGUCAGCUGUCAGACGUUAGAGUUGAAUUAUAAACCCAACUUUGUCUAUCUUAUGUUUGAAAUUAAUCCUAAACGAAAUCCUCCACAGUCCCCAGCGAUGUGUCCCCCUCCACCAGCCUCCCUCCCCUGGUUGAGGGUCAGCUGAGAUGCUUCCUGCGGGUGACCGUGAGCCGAGUUCUGUGGACGGUUCACAAACCUCCGUCUGCAACAUUCAUCAGGCUGCGGUGGUGGGGAGAGUCCUCCACCGGGACUCACUUCUUACCCAGAGAUGGAUCACAGCUGUCACAGAGGACCAUCAAGACCACAGCUCGAUUCCCCAUCCGCUGUGGGCCAAAGCAGUUCACCUCAUAUCUAACAGGUGACCAAAGCAUCUGAUGAGUUUGUUUUCUGUAAAACACUGCGGGGGAGAGUGUUUGACUUUUAUACACUUAUUCCGUCGGUUUGCAGGGAUGCACAACAUCUUGAAAUAUACUCUAGUUAGAGACAAAACUAUGAUAACCUUGAUGUGGUGAUCUGAAAUAUGAAAAAUGGCUCAUCCUACCCUUACACUCUUCCAUAAUACCAAACAAUGACAUGUGAUUGAUGAACAGAUAUGGGCUCACUGGUGCUGGAAGCUCUGACCAAACCGGAUCAUUUGCCAGUUGCUCGGGCACAGGUUGCAGGAAUCUCUCGUCUCUCUCUGUCCCACUCCAUAAGUGGAUUUUACACUCUUGUGUCUCCCACUUCUGAAAAGCUGGGAGAGUUACAAGUAAGUGAAAACUUUAUGACAGCUUUAAGGAAAGGAGCUCUUUGAAUUCAAUCAUUGAAAUCCAAAUUUUACUCAUUUACCCCCUUAGGUGUCCCUAAGUCUGGAGCCUCUAACAGAAGCCUAUGACAGCAGCAGUUCAUGUCCUGCCACAGAUAUCAGCACUGAAGUACCGCAAGCCACGACACUGACUGUGCCCUCGCAGCCCAGAACACUCUCAGCAGAGAGCAGCGGAAGAAACACACCCAGGUUUGUCUAGUGCAGAAGCAAAAGCUCUCAAGUAGUUAAUGAAAUCAGAGCAUUAUAAUCUAAGUGUGUGUACUGCUGUGUGUUUUCAGAGGGAGAGACCACUUAUAUUUUCAAAAUGAACAAACACUCAAAGGCAAAGGAGAGUCGCUGGAAAACAAGAUUCCAGGAACCAGCAGAUCUCAGAACAGUCAUUCAGCUGUGAAUCUUUCAAGUCAGGAGCCCCGAGGCCAAACAACCAGUGACAUUCUCUCAGGUUGGUUGCAAGAUGACUAAAAAUAGGAUCUACAGAGCCACAAGACCCUGCAUUUUGCCUUUUCUCUAAUACUGUCUAACUCUCUCCACCUCAGUCAUCCUAGAGCGUGGAAACAAGCUGAGAAACGCCAUGGUCGAAUCAGCUUUCAGUUGUAAUACAGAUCCUGCCCUGGCUCUUAAAGAUGCGCCUCUGCCUCUUCCAAAAGACAACAUCCUGCCGCCUCCCAAGUAAGUGUUAAAAAAGUUAGAACAAUGUUUUUGUCACCUUCUAGCAGCAUAGCCUAUAUUACUUUAUUGCUGUGUCAGCAGGCCCUCCCCUUCUCCCUCUGGGAUGUUUCUUCAAAAUAUUCUUCAUGCUGAUUCAGCACUAAAGCACUCCGAGGAUGCUGCUGCAGUGAAAGACUGUGGCUUGGACUGUCCUGCUGAUGUGGACAGCAGAGCUGUAGAGCUGCUGCUUGGCAGGUACACACAAACAAAUCUACUGAGUAUUUACACUUUAUUUUCAGUUUUGUUUCUUGAACUCUUCUGUCUAAAUGUUUUUUAGCCUAAACACUUCUCCUCUGCCUCUUUGGGAUGGAGAGGGCUCCUCUCCUGAAUCUCUGUCUGACCAUGACAGUGUGUGUGGGGAUAGUGAGCUCAAUGAUCCUCAGUAUGAUCAGAGCUUAUUGGAAAAUUUGUUCUACAAAACUCCAGUAAGUUCAUUUAAUAAAAAAUAUUUCACUGCCAGUUUUCCUGAUUAUCUUUGAGGAACAUAUUUGUCUUUUUGUCUCUUAGAUUUCAGAUAUGACAUCAGAUGGUCCUGAUGUUGGAGAUCGAGGAACAGCGCCCUCUAGUCGAAAAGGGCCAAAACAGCCUGAACCUCAGAGUGGUGGACGGUAAGCUUUUCCUUUGUGCUCAUCAGUCUAUACUGCUUUGAAAGCAACCCAACUAGUGAGCAGUCCUGAAGUAACUGUAACACCAUAAUUUUAACUAUUAGCUCUCUAAUGUAGCCGCUCCAAAAGGGUCUAUGAUAGUCUGACCUGAUCUUGAAGGCUUUAUCUUUAUUUUUAAAGAAUUCAUCCUCUUUUAUUUCAAAGUUAGAGAGAAAUAAUUUUAAAGAAGCUUGUUUGGGAUCAUAAAUCUACCACACAGAAAUACAAUUAGAGACAUAAUCUCAGCUAAUGACACAUUUUGCAAAUUUAAAACAGUUUAUCUUGUUUUGACUCUGCAGUCCACAUUCAGAUCUUCAGCAGUCUGCAGAUGCUGCUGGUGUUCCUCCUGGCCUGAGUUCAGAGCAGAUGACUUUGCUGCAUUUGAUCCGUUUGGCAAAAGUGACCAUCGACUCCCUGAACGUACCUACAGGCAGUACAAAUACCACACCGAGAAAAGCCUCCAGUAAAGGGAGACCUCCUCGACCAUUAACCAGUAAGAAGUGGUAAGCACUUUUUUUUUUUUUACAAUUCUUUGAACAAUUUUGAAAGAAAGUGGUUUGUAUUUUUAACAUUAGUCCAUGAUAUAUCUUUUCUUUUUUUAUCAGCACAUAUUUCAUUGAAUACGUGUUCCCGAGGGCUUCCACUUCCAGUCGACAUGAUCGAAGAAAGAGUGGAGAAGGAGAGGUGACCAGAGCUGUCGCCAGUAAAGUUGCUGGAGGAGGUAUGGUGUCUUAAAAUAUCUGCAUUUAUGAGUUUAAAAAAAAAAACAAACAGCCUGCCUUUUACUUUAUGUGACAUCCAGUUUACUCUUAUGUGUAAUUUAGUUGUGAAGUUCCACCAGCACACAGUGUUCCCGGUCCACCUCAGUACAGCUGCAGUGAAACAAUGGUGGGAAACGGAUCUGGUUUUCAAGAUUCACUCACGAAGGAGUGACCAAAAGAAAGUGGGUUGAUUAAAAUGAGGAAUGUUUGUUGGUUUAAAAGUGAGUAAGUGACUCUCAGGUGUCUACUGUUUUCCGUGAUAAGUCUAUACACAUAUGUCUUUGUUAUGAUCGUAAUAAAAAUAAUGUUAUCUGUUUCCAGAGUAAGGACCAAACCUGUUAUUGUACCUUUAUCCCAACGGUGGCAAAAGUUCAGGGCCAAACUCAUCAUAGGUUCUGCUUUCAAAUUUAUUCUGAAUUAAAAACAAAGAUUUUUAAGGAAUAGUUAUGAUAUUUUAUAUUUUAAGGAGGUUUUCUAGCAUAGUAUUUCAGUCACUAAAAGGAAACGCUAUCUCUAAACUUCCUGUUUAGAGAAAGGCACAGAGAGGCGGAGAGUUAUGGUAACUUAUAAACAAGAAGGACAUUAAUGGUCCAUGUCUUUUGUUGUUGCAGCCUGUUCCCAUCGGUAAGGCGGUUCACCCUCUGCGCUGUCUUCUGGGGAGCAAACAGCUCAGUCAGUCUGUUAUCCUGCCUGUGCAGAGUGUGGAGGGGAGCAGUGGGGUGCAGGAGGUUGGACCUCUCAAGGUAAGUUCCUUUUUGUUCCUUCCUCCAGGAGUUCAUGUUUGCAACCCUGAUGUUUGUAACUCAUGAUGUUUGUUUUUUUUUCCAGGUGACGCUGGAACUUGCAACAGACAACAAAGAUUUCUCCUCUCAAAAACAUCAAAUUAAACUGGCCCAGAGAGACGCAUCGCCUUCACAGACUGUUCCCAGUCCACAGAGAGAGAGCAGCUCCAGACCCCAACAGGCUGAUUUAAGGAGGGACGAGUUAGCAGAUGGCUCUUUUGAAGAAUCAAGGCUGAAUGUUUGGAGUCCACAGAAAUCCUCCAAAGAUCCUUCUCUCCAUCCUGGUCUCCACACUCCUCCUCAUAAACCCUAUCAGCAGCAGGAGGAAGAGGAUCCUGAGAUCCUGCUGCACACCCUGCUCAUGGUGCCAGAUGGCAAGAACUUGAACUGUGGGCCCGGGCAGGCUCCAAAUAUAUACUUGAACUGCAAACUGUUCUGUUGUGAUGAGACGGCGAGAUCUGUCAUCAGCUGGGGUCAAACAAAUCCAUCUUUCAACUUUGUUCAGGUCAGUCCAGGAGAAUAAAUCCCCUGAUUACUGCUACAGAGAGUCCAAAGAUUUCAACUUUCAAAUGUAGAAUCUGUUGUGACUUUUUUAACUUCUUUUUCCAGGUGACUCCUGUGGCUUUAACAUCUAAACUGCUGGAGCGGAUGAAGAACAAUGUGAUGGUGAUCGAAGUGUGGCAGAAAACUGGAAGUUCAGGGCAGGAUCGACUUCUGGGCCUGGUUAAACUACCUCUGCACCAGUUUUACAUGUCCUUCAGGCAAGUCAGAAAACUACGGUACAACUUAUUUUUGCCUGAAUGUAAAUAACUCACAGUACUUGAAUUGUUUGACAGUUGUAAUGGCUGUAAUUGCCUCUGGGUGGUGCUGUGGUCCACUUCAUUCAGAGGCAAAAGCAGUAACAUUUGUUUACUCUGAGUCUGUAUUAUUUUACAUGUAAGCUUAUUGUGCAUCAGUGUUAACAGAAAUGUGUGAAAGCUGAUUUUAAUGCAAAAUAUGUAAAAUCAUAUCCCUAUAUUAAUAAUUAGGUUACAGUGAAGCUGUAACUGUCUUUCUCAUCUUCUCUCCAGGGAUCCAAAGAUCACCCACCUUCUCCUUCAGGCACAGUACCCUGUUUUAGGGGUGGACUGCUACAUGCCCGUGGUUGAUGUUUUCUCAGGAACUUGUAGGGGUCAUCUCAGGGUUGUUUUAGCUCUUGGACACUCAGAACAGAUAGUCGCCUUUCAGCGGACGAGGGAUGAAGACUACGGCUCUUUAUCUCAUGCUGUAAGACCAGUUCAUCUGCUCGAUCACAAGCCACGCUCUCAAACAAAGGUCAGUGUUAAUGUUUCGUACAAAAGGCUCAAAGCAUUUUGCUUUGUGUUUGCGCUUGCUAAACAGAUAAUUGUGGGUUGGUGGCAUGUUUGAUCACCUGCCAAACCUUUAGGCUUGUAAACAGACAAGUUCCUCUGGACUUCAAGUCAAAAAUGCUGAUGCAUAAUGCAGACAAAGAAGCUUUUUGUCUGCACUUUUCAUAGUAAUGUUUUUAUAGGUACAUAAAUGAGCAAUGGAAGCAGUGCUGUGCUGACAAGUCGCUUCAUUCCUUUAAGGUUACCACAGCACACUCACUGUCUAUGAGGGAACACCUGUUUGUGAUCAGAGUGGAGAAGGUCAACGGGCUGACACCUCUGCAGUCCACAGUGUGGGGUGAAGCGGACUGCUACGUCCAGUACAACUUCCCCUGUCAGGAGGGAGACCCUGCUGCAAACCUGGACCAAGACCUCAUAGAGAGCAGUGCGGCGCAUUUUCUGUCAAACCUUCAAAUUGAGAUUUCCCUAAAUUAGAUUGAUCAUCUGACUCGAUUCUCAUCUCCAACAGGCCUGAACCUGAAAGAGUUUCGUACCACCACCACUCUGUGCAUCCCUGACCCGGUGUUUGGCCACACUGAGACUCAUGUGCUCCUGGCUCCUGACGGUGUUCCUGCUCAGAAGCUGCUGCUCAGCUCUCUUUCAAGUCAAGGCCUGGGCGGUGGCGGUGGUGUUCAGUUUGAAGUGUGGUGCAGGUUUGUGUUGUCUCAGGCUUUUUCUAAUUGCAGACUCCCAAGAAUGAAAAUGUCACCAUCCUGAAACGUGUUGUCUUUUGACCUUCGGUGCCAAAAUCUCAAAUUGGCGGUGUGGGAAAAAGAACAUGUUUUUAACAACAAGGGGAUUUAUGAAAUACAAAUGUUCUACUUAAAAGUGAGACUUGAAACCACAGAUUUAUGUAGACCAUGGUUGAUCCUUGUUUCUCUUUUAGUCCACAAGCUGUUGCUAACUUAAUAAAUUAGCAGCUGGUUUUAAUUUAUAGAAGCUAAUGUUGUCUUGUUGUCUCCCUGCAGAUAUUAUUAUCCAAAUGUCCGAGACCAGCUCGUGGCCAAAGGAUUGCUUCCCUUGUCCAAACUGUGCGCCAUGGUCACCAUGCAGAGGCAGCACCCUGAUGAGACUCAAAUGUUCUCCCUGCCCCUCAUCCCCAGGACUGACAGUCCCAGCGGGUAUCGACCUCAGCCCUCAGGUACACUGACACAGAGUAAAUUAACACAAUUCUGUAUUUAUAUGUUAACAUUUCACUUAAAUGUUGAGACUCUCCCGCUGUGUCUCAUAGGCCUGCUGGAUGUGUGUGUCCGGUACAAGCACCGACCUGUGAGACCUGAAGGGCUGACUGUUCAGGGAGCUGCAGCUCGAGUUGUGACCCUCGUGGUUCAAGUGCACAGAGCAUCAGGAUUACAGGCGGCAGCAAAGUACGUCACCAUCAGCAUCCUCUUGUGUCCUUUCGUGUCUUUAUCAUUUCCUCAAAAGUCCUUUAUCAUUUCCUCAAAGUCAUCAGCUAACUAAAUCGAUGUAACUACAUCACACUAAAAGUAUUCAUUAUUUUGCUCCAGUGACUCCACAUUGGUAUCGUGUGUCUGUCUCUGCAUUCAGGGUUUUAUCAGAACAGGAUGAGAGACUCGGUUACUUUGCUGGUGUGGGGGUGAACUCUUACGUCACAGUCCAGCUCUCCUUCCUGCCUGAGAGCGAGAGGAGGUCCACCCGGGUGGCUGCCAGGAGCUUCUGCCCAGAGUUCGACCACCACAUGGAGGUGUCCUGUAACCUGCUGGUUCAGAGGAGCAGCGGAGAAACCUGCAGCCUGGCUGAGCAGCUGGAAGAGGCUUCAGCUGUUUUCACCGUCUGGAACAAAGACAAUCGCAAGGGAAUAAGUGAGUCCAGUUUCUCUCAUAGACAAAUAUUAUAUAUUCUGAUUUUCAGUUGUUAAAAUAUGCAAAUCUUUACCAGUGUCUUCUUACUUAAAUAACAGAAGAUUGUGACUACAUAAAGAAAUAUUUUUAAAAGAUUAAGUUUUAAAUAUGAAGUCGAUAAUUUAGAAAAACAAUGAAGUUGUAAUAAUAUAAGAGUAUGACUGUAGUUUGAUAAGAAUAAAAUCAUAGUAAAAAAUGUCCCAAAUUUACAAGAAUACAGCUGUAAUAUCACAUCAGUGAAGUCAUAAAUUACAAAUAAACUGUUUAAGAGUAAAGUCGUAUAUUUACAGGAUUUAAGUCUUAAAUUUCCAAUCAUAUAGACAUAAUAUAUGAAUACAGUUGCAGAUCUAUGUGAGAAGUCUAAAGAGAAAAUGUCACAGGAUUAAGUAGUAAAAUAACAAAAUAAAGUAAAUUAAUGACAAUAAAGAUGAAAGUUUCACCAAUAAAUGAGAGAAAGCCAUAAUAAUGAGAGAAUAAAUAUAUAAAUUAAACCUAAAAGGUGAUAUCAGAAGUGCAGCCAGCCUUCUUGAAUAGCUGGAGACAGACUGUGGUCGAAUUGUGAAUUGAGAAUACAGAAUAACAGUUUCUGUAUCUGUUAAAUCAUUUGGCCGUCGAUAAAGUCUGUGAGUUACUUAUUUGUCAUAUCUUCUCUGAUGCAGCGCUCACUCAGAAGCCGAAGGAUGUGAUGUUGGGAACCCUUAAAAUACCGCUGACUGAUCUCAUCAAGAAAAGAACAGGUAUGCUGCGCCCUGAAAAAACACUUUGGUGAUUUAUUAGUCCUGCUGAUGAUCACACAUUUAUCGUGUUUCUUCCUCCAAACUUGAAGGUAUUUCUGGAUGGUUUGGACUUUAUGUACCACAAGAAACAAGUUCCUCUCAGCACAUAUUAGUAGGAGGACUUGAGAUCUCCAUCAACUUCGCUCACCACUCGGACAGAGAAAGAGUGAUUAAAUCUGCUCAAGGUGUGGGCUGGGAUGUAUCCUGCAGUGAAACCCAAGACGAUGAAGACGACGAGAGCAGCAGCCCAAGAAAAAUGUCUCUGACUUUUUCGUUGCCUCGAGCGUGGAUCCCCAUCCACUGUUUACUCCUGCCAGGCCACAGUGAGCUCCAGCGCUCCACCUACUGUUACUUCAGGUACAAGUUCUACGACCAGGAGGCUUUCUGCUCCCACAUGAGACACCCCUCUGUUGAGGAGGAGGGCCAAGCUACAGUGACUUUCCAGGGCAGCAGAACCGUGGAGCUGAGGCGCACUCAGCCUUUAAUGUGGUAUCUUCGAGAGGAGAGGCUGGAGGUUCAGGUGUGGGUCGCCUUUAAAAAAGACAAAAGCCAAAGACCACGAGACACCGAUCGACUGGUGGGUUCAGCGUUCGUGGAUCUUUCCUCUCUUGCAAAAACAGCAAAGCAGAAACUCACUCUGAGUGGUAAGAAUGUAUUGAUUUUGUUCGCUCAGGGAAAUGGUUGUUGUAUUUUUGUGUGUAGUAACACUUUUUGGUUUCACAGGAGUGUAUCCGCUGUUCAGACGCUCAGCUGCAGAUCUACAAGGAGCUGCUCUCAGGGUACACGUCACUCUUACAGUAGAUGCUGUUCCUGCAGAGGUACCUGCUGAGUUUGACACUCAAGUGGACUCAGACAGCCAGGAGGAGCUCUUAGAGGAAGAGGCGGAGGCAGCAAAUCAAACCCCUUCUCCUGCAUCACCGAAGAAAACCUUUACUCAAAGCAAACACAAACACAAACCCACCAGAACGACUCCGGAUAUCACAUCUGUGCAGCACGCAGGAACAAGCCUGGAUGAGUCUUUCCCCGUGACGGUUACAGUGGACCGAGCCAUGCACCUGAAUCUGGGAGGUGAGGUCCAACCUUUCCCCCUCCUUGUGUUUUAGUAUUUUACACUCAACGCUGAUCAUUUUGUGUGUUUCUUUGGCAGGUUGUCCUCUGACAGAGCGCAGCGGAGGGACGCCGUGCUGCUGUGUGUCAUACCUCACGGCUGACUCUGAUGAACCCGCAUCCACAGCUGUCAUAGCUGACUCUGACUGCCCUGUGUGGGACCACCAACAUGAGUGCAGGUCACUAACACCAGAAACAUGAACCUAAAUCUCCUACUGAUGCGUAUCAAACAUCAGGCUGAUGAUAUUGUUCAUAUUUACAGGCUUUCAAAGCAGCUACUGGUGGACCCUCAACAAUCCCUCGUGUUCAAAGUCUGGCAUAAAGGAGGUACAGGAAGCAGAUUCUUGUUUUACCGUUUUUAGAUUUAUCUGAUUGUUCACUCUCGGGAUGUUUUGCUCUCCUAGAAACAGAGAGGGUGCUUGGAUUUGCCUCUGUAGACCUGUCCCCCUUACUCUGUGGGUUCCAGUCGUUGUGCGGUUGGUACAACAUCACAGACUUCAGCGGCCAGUGUCACGGACAGCUGAAAGUGUCCGUCACUCCACUGAAGGGGGUCCAAGACCUCCGAGCACAGAGGAAAGCUGUGAGUGAAGAAACAGUGGCAAACUCAGCGGUGAGAGAGAAUAUUCAGACUCACAAACAGCUUUAAAAAUGUUUGGUUUUAAAAAGAUACUGACAAAUGUGUUUCACUCACAGGCUGUAUUUCCAGCUCUCCCUCUCAGCUAUCACACCACAGCCACUUACAGCAGCUUCCCAGCGCACAUCAGUCGAUACACAGAGCAGAAGAUUUCAUCACCUGACCACACCGACAGGCUGUUCUCUGAAAGGUUUGUAGAAAACUAACAGAAAACUAACAGUCUCCACAGUCCGACAAAGUUUUAUCGAAGCGUUUCAACAACUUUUCAGGUCCAGUGAAAGUGAGCGUCAUUUCGAGCACAUGGACAAAGUGCGUCUGUACCAUCAGAGUCUGCAGGAGAAAACAGCAAAUAGUUCUGUCUGUAGCAGCAGCGCUGCAGAUGUCAACCCGUCCAGCUCCUUUCUGCUGUCCACACUCAGGUCAUACUUUGACUCAUUAAAAAAAAAUUCCAAAUAAUUUCUCUGUGGAUUGAAUUUUUAAAAGGUGGGGAUUUUGAUUUUACAGGAGAAAACUAAGUGAGCUGGAUAACAUCCAGAGAUACUUCAGCCGCAAACUUUCAACUCCCACAUUCCCACCCAUGAUGGAGCAGGAUGUCCACUCACAGAAUGAAGAGGAGGAGGAAGAGAGGGACGAAGAGACAGACUCAAGUCAGCUCCUUCUCAAGUCCAAACAGUUAGUUGGAGAAGUCAACAACAUCAUAAGUGGUGAGAGGAAGACGACCCAUGAAAUAGUUUAAGUAAAUUAGCCAUCUACAGCAUUAUUCUCACAUUUGAAUAAGUUACACAGGACAAAAAAACUUCUUUCUAUAGUGACUCUUACUGGUGGUCAACCCACUUUGAUGCAGACACAGUUUAAACAUUUUAACCAUAAAAGAAGGCCCCUUUUCUUUGGAUCGAGGAAAGGCUGGUGGUGUUGAAAUGUUUGCUAAUCUUAUAACAGAAGCCCUGCAUGGCUGUCUGCCUGAAAGUGUCGCUCUGUGCUUCCAAAGGAGGUUUCGGUCAAAUCAACACAGAUGAAACACAAAAAGAAGUGUUAACCAUGAUGAUUAAUGUGUCACUUUCUUUUUCACAAGGUCUGCGAGAACACAGCCUGGACCAGGUUUCUUCACACCCACAGAGAAGCUCAACAUCGGCCCCUGUUACAGACAACAACCUGCAAACUAUCCCUGAGAGCGUCUCCGGUCUGUCUCGCAGAGCUUCACACUCUUCUCUAGACGAUGUGUUAGGUCUGCUGACGCCUCUGCCCAGGACGCCUGAAGACAAAUCAGGCUCUGAGUGUGAGGAGGAAAAGGACAGCCGUGACAGCGAGGCCUCUGUGUCUGAGCGUGAAAAUAUAGAUGGAUCAGAUGAAGACAGGACACACCACAGAAGGGAUGAAGAAGCUGAUAAUGUUGGUGAGGAGGAGGAGGAGGAGGAGGAGGAGGAGGAGGAUGGAGAUUACGAGGAGGAGGUGGUGAAGCCCAGGCCUCUUAAUGAAAUGACCUCUUUAACAGACAAAACCAGCCCGUGGACCAGCGUCCUGUCAGACCCUGACCUGGUUUCUCUUCAGAGCUUGGAGGUAUCAGAGGAGUCAGAUCAGAGCCAAGAAGAGGAAGAAAAAUGGCAGAGGGUGAAUCGGCAAACUGGCGGUUGUUGUGCGAAAGUGGAGUGUGCCAGAGGAGAGGAGAGAGGACAGAGUGGUGGAAGCUGUAACGGAUCAGCGGGAGACGGUUCAGACUCAGACAGAGACGAUGAAAGGACUUCUCAAAAUUUACAUGAAAUAGGAGAAGAACCUGACAGCUCUGAAGAGAAGAGUCCAUCACAGCCCAUCACAGAUACUCAUGAGGCUGGAGACGCUCAGGACAGUGAAGAAACUGUUCCUAAACCGUAUCCUUGACCUCUGUUUCUCUGUCUUACUGUAGAUGCCACCUUCAGAAGGUCGUGUAAAAAUGAACCUUAAGCUCAGAGUGAGGGGAAUCUGUUUGCUGGAGGAGGUUAUCUAAUAGGAACUUUUCUCUCUUUCAUAAAUAUUAAAGUCAGUCUUUCCUUGUUAUUUUAUUUAACAAUCUACACGCAGCUCCGUCCCCGUGGAGGUCCCAAAUUUCUUCCUGCCUUCUCAACAACUAGAAGCCUCCAUGAGAGCCAUACGCUUAGCUCCGUCUUUCUCUCACUCGUCCACUGACCCAGUAAGUAUCUGUCAACCUGCUCCCAUCUUCAGUCCUCAGAAUCAGGGCGUUAACAUGGAUCGCUUCAGGUUUUAUGUGAAGAGAAAAGUGACAAUGUGUUCAAGUUUAUGUUGGCUGUAAUUUGACUCUUAUAACAGGACAGCUUCCACCCCUGUUAUAUAAUCUGACAUGGGCAAAUAUUCCUUUUACAUCCUGCACAUACUUUUAUAGAGUGUGUGUAUACAUUGGAUGUACUUUGUCCUAUCCUUUGAUUACACUGAAGUCGUAAACAUGCCCUCUCUCCGCCCUCACUUGCCCUCCUCUUCAGUGUUAAUGUGUUUCCUUUUUCACGUUUUCUCAGUAUGUCACAUCUGGCUCGCAGCUUUCUUUGAAAAGAGCUAACAAACUAGUUGGAACAGUCUUAAGAACAGACGAGUAAUGUGUGUGUGUACGUCCCAUCUGUCACCUUUGGUGCGCUCUAUUUAUGGACACUGCAGUGAUGUAACCGAAGGUCUGCUGCGCCUGUUUUACUGCGAGAACAAAACAUAAGAGAAAAUGACUCCAACGAUCAGAGCUCAGGCAUCUGGGAAAUGCUGUUUCAUAAUAACACCAGACUGGUAACUGCUCAUUUUUAAACAGGUUAACCUUAUAAUUAAAAGGGUAGAUAGUUUAUGUUACUGAAGAAUGUUACUUAUGCACACCUACUAAAAGCCUUAAUGCGUCGUACGUUUCCUUCAACACAAACAUCAAUCCAUCAAACUUGGAUUGGGAACUUUGAAAAUGAUGAAACUUGCUGUAAGUUUAAGACUUGGCAAUUUUACUGGCUUUUAUGACUCAUUGUAACUCAGAUGUACAAAAGUAAGCAAUACAGAAAGGUAAAACUGUACAUUUAAAUUGCAUAAUCAGGAGGUAAGAUUGACCCAGUCUGCAAAAAAAAACACCAGAAAACAAUCCCAAUCUGUUGUCAAGUGAGCUGCCUUUAACUAUCAGUGUGAUUUCCUCACACUGACCUGGUGAUCAGUUUGAGUGAUUAAAGGUUGCGGUAACACUUUAUUCGACACCUAUCUCUGUAACACAUUAUUAAUAUAUAUAUAAUGUGUUAUAAUCAUGUUAUAGCACUGUAUAACUAUAGUUAUAAACUCUUAUAAAUGAUCAAAAUGUUUUAUAGCAAUAAUAAAAACACACUGUACAGCAUUUUAUCAUGACUUACAAGGUCAGGUAUUAUAAUGUGUUAUAACUGUUAACAACAGUCGCAUUACAUUAUCUAUGUGGGCAUUGUUAGUGAGUUGUUAACAACUAUAACACAUUAUAAUACCUGACCUUGUAAGUUAUGAUAAAAUGCUUUAUAAUGUGUUAUGAUUAUUGCUAUAAAGCAUUAUGAUAAAUUAUGUUUAGGGUGCUAUAACAUGAUUAUAACACAUUUUACAUAUAUUAAUACUGUGUUAUAGAGAUAUGCGUCAAGUAAAGUGUUACCAAGGUUUCAUUUGUUGAUUCUACAGCUCCUGAUCUCCUGUACAGAUGGACAUGUUUUUCUGUUUUUUUAUGUCACACCUGCCAUAAUGCAUCCUGACUGACUGAAGGUGUGUCAGUGAAGCACAUUCAGGUGUAGCUGCUGCAGCGUGAGGUGGGGUUUUGUAGUUGAUGCCACCAACAAUAGUGCUGAACAUCAUUUACUUAAACAUUAACAGGAUUGGCCUGCGUGAGAGGUGACGACAUCACCUUUUCAAAUCAGUGUUAACCCUCGACUGUGAGUGUUUGUUUUCAGACACACCUUGUGAUGUAUGUUUGAGUGCAUCUUUCUUAUAGUGAAGCAGUGUUUUAAGAAAAAAGGUUCAUCAAAUCUUUUUUUCUUUUAGGGUUCAAGCUCCAGGUCACAUCGCCAUGGUCCUAGACGGCGUCCCAACAUGUCGCCAUCAUCCAUGAGGAAAGAGACUGAGCGGAUAGCAAAAAUAUUUGCUGCUCACUUUGACAACGCUUAG